AUGUGGUAUACCGCUGCAGAUGUUUGCGUGGGAAAUAUCAGGAACCAUGGCACCAGGGUGAACUUGGUUGCUUUCUCUACCAAUGGCCGACGUUUCGCAUCGGCCUCCUCGGAUGGCCUGAUCAAGAUUUGGGACGCCGAUACCUGUGAGUGCCGAAUGGGGCUCUUUGGAAAUGCCGGCACAGUAAACCAGGUUGUGUUUUCGGCGGAUGGGACACUUGUCGCCGCAGCCUUUUCAAAUGGACUGGUUAAGAUCUGGCGCGGCAGGAACGCCACUAGCUUACAGGUCCUUGAUGGGCGUUGCGGGUCAACGGAAGCAGUUGCGUUCUCGACUGAUGGCCAGAUACUCGCAUCAGGCUCGAUUGAAGGACAUCCUCUCCUCUGGGACGUGGCUACGGGCCAGAUCAUACAGGACCUCGAAGCUCAUGGCUACUCGGCGGUCUCGAUGUCCUUCUCAGGAUAUGGCCAGCAACUGGCAUCAAGUUUCGCCAACGGGACGCUUAUGGUAUGGGUCACUAACAUGGGUUAUGAACCCCAUGUGGUUGAAGUCAGGAGGAUAAUUCGUCACCUUUCGUUUGACCCGAAGCCCAGGAACUGUCUCUUUGCGGACAUAGGUCGUCUCGAGAUAUCUCCCUCAGGGGAGGCCAGAUUUCCAGACUACAGCCUCAGUGCUGACAAUUGUUGGAUUUUGAAAGAUGGGAAGCGUGUACUCUGGAUACCUUUGAAGUACCGCUCGAGCUUACCAGGCGGACCAGUGGUGAGGGGAUCAAUGGUUGGCCUUGUCAGUGACUCUGGCGAUAUUCUAACGAUGCGGUUCGCAUGA